AUGUCUUUCCUUCAUAAUCAUUCUUGCGAGUGCGUUAAGUCUACACAAACUAGCAUUGAAAAUGGAUUGUGGAUUCAUUAUAAACCAAUUUCAUCUCUUGGUGAUGAUGGACCUAUCGAGUUUCAAGUUCCUGGGACCGGCGAUGACUACAUAGAUUUGUCUCAUACAUUACUCCACAUAAAGGCAAAAGUAUUAAAUCAAGAUUCAACUAACUUGGUAUCUACUACAAUAGUAGCACCUGUAAAUAAUUGGCUGCAUUCACUUUUUAGUCAACUUGAUGUUUAUUUAAACCAAAAACUUGUAUCACCACCUAAUAAUACCUAUGCAUAUCGAGCAUACAUGGAAACCCUUUUAAACUAUGCCCCUGCUGCUAAACAAUCUCAUCUUACUUGUAGUCUUUGGUAUGAGGAUACAGCAGGAAAAAUGGAUUCUACAGAUGGUAAAAACAUAGGAUUUGUUAAAAGACAGGAAUUGAUUAGUGAAAGUAAGGAAAUAGAAAUGAUUGGUCAUCUUCACGGUGACAUUUUUAACCAAGAUAAAUUUUUAAUUAAUGGUGUUGAAAUGAGUGUUAAAUUGGUUCGAUCAAGAGAGAGUUUUAAUUUAAUUGUUGGAUCAAACGAUGUAAAGUUUAAAGUUUGUAUUACGGACGCAACUCUUAUUGUUCGACGAGCACGAAUUAAUCCAAGUGUAUUACUCGCACAUCAAAAAGUUUUAGCUUCUACCACUGCUAAAUAUCCUAUUACUCGAGCUGAAGUAAAAGUUUUAACAAUUCCUUCGGGUGUUCAAGGAAAAACUCUUGAUAAUAUAUUUUUAGGACAGGUACCGAAAAGAUGUAUAAUUGGAUUUGUGAACAAUUCUGCAUUUAAUGGUUCCCUUACUAAAAAUCCAUUUAACUUUGAAAACUAUGGUAUUAAUUCUUUCAGCUUAUAUAUUGAUGGUCAACAAAUACCUUCAAAAGCUUUGCAACCAUCUUUUAAUAAUAGCAUAUUUACAUCAGCAUAUCAUACUCUAUUCUCGGGAACUGGUAUUCACUUUCUUAAUGAAGGAAAUGGAAUCUCUUGUGAACAGUAUGGCAAAGGUUACUGUCUAUUAGCAUUUGACUUAACUCCUGAUUUAUCAGCUAACUCAUCAACUCAUUGGAAUCUCAUAAAGCAUGGUAGUGUAAGAAUAGAAGUACGAUUUGAAUCCUCAUUAAUACAAACAAUUAACUGUAUAGUUUAUGCUGAGUUUGAUAAUAUUAUUGAGAUAGAUAAAAACAGAAAUGUUACUGUAGACUAUAGUAGUUAA